UAUAGCAAUCUCACCGUCUCCAUUACUUUGAACGACACCGUUAUUGCCUUUAUUAUCGGAAACUGAAAAUGCGACAAUUUCACUCUGGCUCUCCAUUCUCAAACAAUUUGAAUUUGCCUCUCAUUUUUCCCUAAGACGGUCCAAAACGCACUAGCAGAAGUCAGACGAGGUUGCGUUUAGUAGAGAGAGAGAGAGAGAGAGAGAGAGAGAGAGAGAGAGAGAGAGAGAGGAGAGAGAGAUGGACUACAACCUAGCAGCACUGAAGCUGCUGUGCGUCCAACUGAAAGACGCGACCGAAGACACCAAGAACGCCAUGGAACUCCACGGCAUCGCCUUCCAACGCGCCUGGUUGCAGGGCAUUCUGGUCCAUGUCUUCGACGACGGAGAGCGCUUGCUCCUCGACGACGGCACCGGAGUCAUCGAGCUCUCCCUCAGACCCGAAUUGCGCCAUUGUACUUGGAAAAUCGGAAUGUAUGUAAUGACUGUUGGACGGUACACGCUCCGUAAGAAUGAGCCGCCAAUGAUUCAGGUACACAAGAUGGUUGAUCUUUCGGAUUCCCAUGAUCGAGAGGCAAUGUGGUACCUCGAAGUUAUGGAGGCAUACAAUCUUUUCUAUCGGCGCUUAAUGGAAGGGUGAGAGAGAGAGAGAGAGAGAGAGAGAGAGAGAGAGAGAGAGAGAUGGAAACCGAACUAUGUACAACAUUUUCCUUGAAGCAACUCCUACCAGUUGUGCUCGACAUUUGAAAAUCCCUUGCUUACCUGCAUCAAAAGUAAGAACGUUUGAAAACGUAUGAAAGCGCACAUGUAUUAUGUCAAGCUUGCUCAAGUUACUAGUACAUGGAAUUUGUAAGCUUUAUUAUUGUAUCAAACAUAAUCAGCAGCCAUACACCAAUGUACUUGCAUGAUUCUUU